GCGAGCCGGAAGCCUGUCUCUCGGGAGUUGGUGUUUGCUAUUGUUACCGGAGGGAGGUGCGGCGCUGAGGCUGCAUUUGUUACCUGAGCGUCAAGGGACCGGCAGUUCACCCCUUUCUGUGCUGGCUGGAAUUGCUUGUGUUUGUCCCUAGUCAUUGCUCAUGUAAUGCACUCCCUUAACCAGGAAAUUAAAGCAUUCUCCCGGAAUAAUCUCAGGAAGCAAUGCACCAGGGUGACAACGCUUACUGGAAAGAAAAUAAUAGAAACAUGGAAAGAUGCCAGAAUUCAUGUUGUGGAAGAAGUAGAGCCGAGCGGUGGGGGUGCUUGUGGUUAUGUGCAGGAUCUUAGCUUGGACCUGCAGGUUGGCAUUAUUAAGCCAUGGUUGCUCCUGGGCUCACAAGAUGCUGCUCAUGAUCUGGAUACACUGAAAAAGCACAAGGUGACUCAUAUUCUCAAUGUUGCAUAUGGAGUUGAAAAUGCCUUCCUCAGUGACUUUAUAUAUAAAAACAUUUCUAUCCUGGAUCUGCCUGAAACCAAUAUCCUGUCUUAUUUUCCAGAAUGUUUCGAAUUUAUUGAACAAGCAAAAAUGAAGGAUGGAGUGGUUCUUGUUCAUUGUAAUGCAGGGGUUUCCAGGGCAGCUGCAAUCGUAAUAGGCUUCUUGAUGAAUUCUGAAGAAAUCUCAUUUAACAGUGCUUUUUCUUUGGUGAAAAAUGCAAGGCCUUCCAUAUGUCCAAAUGCUGGUUUCAUGGAGCAGCUUCGCACAUAUCAAGAGGGCAAAGAAAGCAAUGAGUGUGACAAAAUACAGGAAUUAGAAGGGGACAACAGUUCAUGAGUUACACUAGUAGAUGAUGGACAAAUAAUGUCUGAGUUGGCCUCUAUAACCACCUUUCCCCUUUUUUUAUAGAGUAUAGUAAUAAAAACUUCCUUUUUCUUGUUUUUUUUUUUUUUUUCCCAAGUGAAAAUGGAGUCAGUUGAUUGUCCUGAGAUAGUCUAUAAAUAAUUUUUACAAUUAUAUUACUUUCUUUGAUAUUAUAAUGUGUGAUUAAAUGCUUCUUUGAUUUGCUAAGGGAGAAAAACAGUGUAUUCCCAAAAGUGAUUAUGUAGAAGAAAAAAUGUUUAAAUUUAAAAUCUAUGUUAGAACAUGGAAAGCUUAAAUCAGUUGAUUAAGAUGUUUGGUACUUUUCUAUUCCAGCAACUGUAUCCGUGAAGGAAAGAACUUGAAAUGCUACUUGACUUACCAUUUCAGAGGGAGAUAAAUUUCUUUGUAAAUAAUUGAAGAUUAAAAACCAAUACUUUAAACUUUCCAAGAGAGGUAACCAAAAUGUGAAGGUUUAUACAAUAUUUAUGUAGUGAUUACAAUAUUCACAAAGUUUUUAUCUCCUUUUAUGAAAAUGUACUCACUUUUCAUUUUGAUUUUUAAAUUUAAUUAUACUCCCUGGAUUUAUAUUUUAAGUUCUUGUGUAGAUUCUUCUCCAUGACAUUAUUAUGAGCUUAUGGUGCUUUAAUUAGGUGAAGCUAGUCUCUAACACUGUCUGCUUUUUAUCCUGGGCUCCUAGCAUUGUGUUUUUAGGUCCCAUGGCAUAAUUUUAUGAUCUUCUUGGAUCUGUGGAAAAAUAUUUUAUACUGAAUGAUUGUUUUUUAGAUAUGACUUGUUAAAUGAUCUGUUUUUAAGUUCAAUAUUCUAUUAGAGAACAUAUUUUUAAGGAAAGAAGGGUUAUGGUUUUGUAAGGAAUUUUAAAUACAUUGUUGGAAAGUCUAAAAUUAUUUACAAUUUAUCUCUGGCCAGAGGAUUUGAAUAGUUUCUUUUUAAAAUAUUAAGUCUUCAGGGGAAUGGUCUGGGCAGAGGGGGGAAAAGGGGGAAAAAUUGGGACAACUAUAACAGCAUAAAAAAUAAUAAAAAAAUAAAAUAAAUAAAAAUAAAUGAAAUAUUAAGUCUCCAUAUUGGCAAGGCUGAACUCUAUAAAUUUGCUUAAAGGUAUUUUUUGACUUAUUCAAAAUAAAGUGCACUUAAAAUUAAUAUAAUAAUUAUGAUAGGAUUUAUUUAAUAGCUUUCAAGUAACCUUUUAUGACUUAGAAAGUAUUGUUGCCAUUUAGAUAUUAUUAAGAAAGUCAGCUCUUCUUAAAUACAUAAUCUAGUGUAUUCCUAUAUGUAAGAAAGUACACACUGAGUGCAUCUGUGUAUUUGAGGAAGCAGGCUUUCUUAUGCUGUCAGGG